CCUCCGCUUAUGCAGCAUCAACAGUCCCAUCCCCCACGCCUCCCUGUCUUCGCCUCGUUUCCCUCUCUUCUCUGUGAUUUGCCGCUAGCCGCUGUGCCUGGCUCCACGCCAUUCUGGUUCGUGCUGGUCGCUCUCCACAGCUCCGACCGUCGACACGGUGAAGCUCCGCUGCAUCGCCGUGUGCCACAAGGCUCUGCCAAACCAAGCCUCUGUUUUCCCUAGCCCGAUUCCUCUUUAUCUCCUCUGCACCUUCGCUCACCGUGGAAAAUACAGGUCGCCGCCUCUCGCUCUCGGUUUUCGACACCGCAAGUUACUCCACCUACAUUUCCUUCACUCUCUCUCUCUCUCUCUCUCUCUCUCACUUUAGCUCUCUGCUAGCGUCUCACUGUGUCUCUGUGUUAGACUGACGGUGGCAACCGAUAAAGGUCACCAGAGCCAGCGUGGCGCCCCACGCCACAAACAGAGCAUCCCGAACGUCAAUACACAACGCUGCCACAUCAUUGAAUCCGACUGAUCGCCACUGCACGAUUUGGGCCAUUGGAGUUUAUACCUUUGUUAUUGGAAUGUGAUUUCAAGUGACAAAAAUGACCUCUCCGACCCUCCUGGUACAUGAUGUUACAGUGAGAAUUGUCACAAUUGUGAGGGUUGCUUGUUAAUGUUCAAUGCAGCUCUCAAACCAGACAUGCUCAGUUCACAAAAACAGUGCUCACUUUUCAUUGGACUCCUGUACCAUAACGGCAGCAGCAGACACGACGAGAGAUUACGAAGUUAAGAGGGGUAACCAAUUACCAAAGCAGACCACGGGAACAGAAACGUGAAUUCGAGCCAUGGCUUCCCUUUUAGAACCCGAAACCCAAUCUCCUAACAUUUACAUAUCUGAGGAAUGGUCCCACGCUGCAGAAUCCAUCGUGUACGAUGCGGUCACUUCUCUGCCUCCCAUUGCUCUCAUCUGCGGUGCCAAAAACUGUGGCAAAACAACCUUCUCCCGCUACCUCCUUAACAUCCUUCUGCAGAGGUAUAAAAAAGUAGUUUAUUUGGAUACAGAUGUUGGUCAGCCUGAGUUUACACCUCCUGGUUUUGUAUCCCUUACUGUAGUUGACAAACUAACUUCAGAUUUGACAAUCCCAUGUUUGAAGACACCCGAGAGAUGCUUCUUCUUUGGUGAUGUCUCUUCAAAAAGGGAUCCAACAGCAUACUUGAAAGCUAUAUCUACCCUGUAUGAUUACUAUCGACAGGAUCACUGCUUGUUUAACAAGAAUGAAAACCCUGCUAAGACUGAAUUGCCUCUUGUUAUAAAUACUCCUGGCUGGGUGAAAGGUGUUGGUUAUGACAUACUGGCGGAUAUGUUGAAAUGCAUUACUCCCACCCAUGUGGUUAAAAUAAACAUAUCUGCUGCGAGUAAGAAUCUACCAGCUGGGAGGUUCUGGUUAGAUGAGGACUAUGAUGGGAUGGUUAGUCUAAUUGAGAUCAAUUCAGCUCGUCAGGAUUCUUAUAACCGAUCGGUGUUAGUGCAAAAGGAUGCACAGCUAUUGCGUGAUUUACGUAUAAUGGCAUAUUUCAGGCAAUGCUUUCCAAGCGACCUGGAUAUCACCACAAUCAAAGAACUUGCACAUGCACUGGCCUGUCACCCUCCUUAUGAAGUUCCAGUGUCAAGCAUCAAGAUCAGACAUCUCCAUUGCCGGGUCCCAAGCUCUGAGAUAUUUUACAGUUUGAAUGCUGCCAUUGUUGGCUUGGCGAUUGGCUCUGAAGACUCUGAAAGUUUACCCUUGUGUGUUGGUCUUGGGAUAGUGAGAGGCAUUGACACUUUUAAAGGUUUGCUAUACGUUAUCACUCCUGUUCCUCAUAGCAGCCUGGAGAAGGUCGAUCUUUUUCUUCAGGGAUUUAUCCAAAUUCCUACUUGCUUGUUGCAGGUCCAGGGAUGCGUAUCACCAUACAUGUCUGCAAACGUUUUCUCUUCAAGCUAGCUCUUACAUGAGGGAUGAUACCAAAGUAUAUUCUUCUAUGAUCUUCUACAGAAAAAUUCAGCAAAGUUGUUUCCCAACCUUGUAAGAUGUUGUUCUAUUUUUAAUGGCAGGAGAAGCCAUUUAAUAGACAUCCAAGGCUCUGUUACUCAUUUAUUUGAACUAACUGCUAAUGUGGAGGUCAUUCAUAUCUCUUAUGAUCAAAUAUAUUUUAACAGAAUUGCAUUACAUCCA